UUCCCAUCAUGGGCAGGGACGGUCAGGAUGAGAAGUGAAGGGUUUUAAACCUAAGAAGAGCCGGGAGAAGGCUGGGAAUCCUGCUGGGCACAGGGCGACCAUUCCUGCCCGGGCACAGGAGGCUCACCCGCAGCCGAAAAUCCCUGGGAAUAUGGGGGACGCAGAGCAGGACGCUGCUGCCUGGGAUUAUGCGGUAAUGCACAGCAAGGAUUGCCCUCUGCUGCUAUGGACAGUGAAUCCUUAAUUGUCCAGCUUUGAACUUGAAACCAGCAGCCAUAAUGCUGCAGAAGGUGAUCUGUAUCCUGCUGGUACCACUUGUAUUUAAAGCAACAGCAUUAAAUGCUCAGUCACCCCCAGGAGAACCAAGCGUCAGCCACUGCCGAUCCUAUGAGAAGGAAACGUUUACCUGCUGGUGGCAGCCCGGGUCUGAUGGUGGGCUCCCGACUAACCACUCUCUAAUGUACUGGACAGAAAAAAAUAAAACACCAGUUGAGUGUCCAGAUUAUCACACUUCAGGUCCAAACUCUUGCUACUUCAGUAAAGCUCAUGUCUCCAUUUGGAUGUAUUAUGUUGUCAUCGUGAAUGCCUCCAAUGCUCUCGGGUGGAACGCAUCUAAGCUCUUUGGAUUUGAGGCACUUGACAUAGUGCAACCUUACCCUCCCAGAAACCUCUCCUUCUCCUAUGAGGGUUUAGAAUCCAGCUUGCCCUUUCUUAUGGUAAAAUGGAAGCCACCAGAGAAGGCUGAUGUUAAAACCGGGUGGAUGACACUAAAGUAUCAAGUGCGCCUUAGAGAGGAGAAGAAACAAAUCUGGGAGGAACAUAUAGUUGAACAACAAACAAAGCUGAAAUUAUUUAGCUUAACCCCAGGAAAAAAUUACGUGGUCCAAGUGCAAUGCAAGGCCGAUACCGGAAAAUGGAGCGAAUGGGGUGAGGAAGGUUAUGUUCAAAUCCCUGGAGUCACAAAGAAACGAGACCUGACACUCUGGAUAUCCAUCGCUGUCUUGUCGGUCAUCAUAUGCUUGACAUUGAUCUGGACAUUGGCAUUGAAAGGAGUCAGUUGGAUGUCCUGUAUAUGUCCUCCUGUCCCCGGACCAAAAAUUAUGGGAUUUGAUACCCAACUACUUAAGAGUGGAAAAUCUGAAGACCUAUUGGGUGCUCUUGGCUGUCAAGGAUUCCCUCCAACUUCAGAUUGUGAAGACCUUCUGGUGGAAUUUUUAGAGGUAGAUGACAGCAAAGAGCACCUCAUGUCAAGUCCAGAAAGAGAACCUCAGUGCCAACAUAUGAAAGUCAACCCUGUGGAUACAGACAAUGAUUCCGGCCGUGGAAGCUGCGAUAGCCCCUUUGCUCUUCUCGAAGGAACAAAGGACCAAAGAGUCUCAUCACAGGGUUUCGAAAGCAUCCAGAAUGGUAUCCAUGAUCACUUGGCAGCCAAAUCUCCUUGGUCUCUACAAAACAAAGCACUGGACCCAACAUUUUCAAAUUUCAGUGAUAACAAAUCUUUAAUUUGGUCUGAUGGUAAAACAUCCAGCAACCAGUCACCAAAAUCCAGUUAUCACAAUGUCACAGACGUCUGUAAGUUGGCGCUUGGUGUCAUGAAUGCCAGACUAUCGGAAUUUUCAGUGCCAACGGAAGACGAGAGACAACCUGUGUACUUUCGAACAACCGAGAACACUGAUGACAAGAAAUCAAAUAAACAGAAUGACUUGGGAGAUUUGCAUUCCAAGGGUGUUGAGGCGGACAUGUUGAACUUGCUGCUCAACGAGAAGACGCCCUUCAUGGCGCCUCGAUUCAUGGACUAUGUCGAAGUCCAUAAGGUGAACCAAAACAGUGCCCUAGCAUUAGUACCAAAACACAAAGAAAACAAAGUGAAAACAGACCAAUAUUCUAUACUGGUUCCAAACCAGGAAUAUUCCAAGGUGGAAAGGGUUGAGGCUGACAGCACGUUAGUGUUAAUGCAAAACCUAGAGCCUCAGGUAAGUCCGCCGAGUGGUGGAGACGUCAUGAAGGAAUUCAUACAAAAGCCCCAGACAACUCAAGCGGAAAAGCUCAUGGGCCUUUUAAAACCUGUUGUAAAUGAAGGUGAAAUUAAAAGUCUAGGAAUGGGUUACAUGGACCCAUCAAGCUUUUUUCCCUGAUCCCUGGAAUAGAACCAUGGUGGAGACGGCCAUGCUUGGCUCACCAGGAACUUGAGUCAUCACACAGUCACUUUAUCCCUCAAGAAUUAGUGAUAUCAUUAGUUUCGGUACGGGCUUGAGCCUCUUAAAGGGCAGGAGAGAGGAGCUACUCAUUGAGUUGUUUACUUAUGACUGGCUUAUCAAAGGCAACAUUGCGGAAUAGGACAAGUGAAACUUCAGGUCUAGAGAUGCACAUCUGCUUUGACCAUCAGGCCCACUAUUCCAAAGCGGAACAAAUUAUUAGGUUUUGCUUUCUGCCUUGUUGAGUGUUUUUUCUUGACUACCUUGUACUUUUGUCACUUUAUGUUUUGCAAUGUACACACUUUAAAACUGAAAUAUCCCAUAGAAACCGCAUCAGAUACAUGCAUCCACAGACAUUCAGUGAAGCCCAUGGGUGUUGAGAACCUAACUCUUCACACUGAGGGGCCGGGA